AUGAAAAAUACUACCACGGGAGGAAUAGUUGUCAAUAGUGAGAGAAAUAAUAGUGGGAUGUCACAUGAUCAGUUUAUGUCGCCGUUAAACCCAAGCAAAAGCCAUUCUCAACCAACUACUUCGACUACAACAGAUGUAUCAGCAUCGUCAUCAACUAUCAACACAACAACAUAUCAGUCCCAACGUACUAGACAACCUCAGUCAAGUUUACAACGCAGCCAGUCUGAGCAUUCACCAGGAUCACAUAGCUCCUCCUCAUUUGAAUCUGGACCUUCACUUGUUGAGAUUUUCUAUUCAGCCAAAAAAUUGUUAAAUUUACAACCAAGGGUGGAAAACCGACAAUUGAGAAAGUCAAAUAGCAAGACACAGCUAAGUCAUAUGAAGAAUAACGUAUCCAACGAUCAGUAUAAUAUCAGUAUAUCACCCGACUUCCGCCAACGGCUGUCAUUGCAUCAUCUGAAUGGUCAACAAGGGAGACAACUCAAUGUACAUCUACUGGACACAAAUGAGGACACUUUUGACUUGCUUUCUCCUUUGUCUAUUGACGAGUUGCAAAACACUAGUGCUAUAAAACCCAUUUUCAAUAAUUCUUCAAAGCGUACAACUGAGAAUUCCACCACAACUAGUCUACCGCUUCAGCAUCAGUCGACUGAUGUCAUGGAUAUGGAAACUGAACAAAAUGCUACAAAUUAUUGCAAGACACCAAAUUCAGACCAAAGCAAUGGCUCGCGAAAUGACUCAAGUGCUUCUGGAACCUCCGCCACUUCGAGUGUAGAAUCUGUUGGGGAGACUACCAAACCUAAAUCCAAUUUAACCUCGUCAUUGUCCAAGUUAAAGGAAUUAAAACAGGAAAACAAGAGACUGACAGAAGAGCCAAAUGAUACCAAGAAAGAUGCCGCCACUGAAGCAACGAAAACUAUAUGUUUUAAUUGUAAAACAGAAAAGACACCAUUGUGGAGAAAAGAUACCGAUGGUAAUACUUUAUGUAAUGCGUGUGGGUUGUUUUUAAAAUUACAUGGUACCACACGUCCAUUAUCAUUAAAGACUGAUGUGAUUAAAAAAAGGAAUUCAAGAAAAUCGUCAACUGGUGCAAUGGCAAAUUCUGCUCCACGUUCAUUGAACAUAGCAUCAGGUCAGUACAUGAACUCAAGAAAUGGUGAUGGUAUGGCUAUAUUUAAGAAGCAUACGCCUAUUGCCAUUGCUCCUAAUAAUAGUGCGGCUGCCUCAUCAUUGCCCAACCAAUUUUCCAAUUCACUUGGUGCAGGCAACUCUUUACAGAAUCAGAGAUUGAAGAAUGUGAUGAUUUUACCAAAGCCAUCAAGUACCACCAGUAUGAAUAACAACUCGGUCAACAACAACAACAACAACAACAACAAGAGUAUACCGAUCCCAAGGAGUCAAAACAAUACUAGCUCCCCGACAUCGGCGACAUCGUCUGCCAACUCGUCGUAUUCAUACUCCAUCAACAGCAAUCAACCCUUUAAGAGGAAAAAGUCAGAGGUGAAUAUACCGGCCACAAUUGAGCAAAAUGGCGUGAUGAGCAUGUCAUUUGCCAAUAGGAAUAGUGUCACUGGGUUUCCUUCUAGUGCAUCUUUAAACCAACAAGCUACAGCCCAUAGUAUGUCCAACAUCCCAUCCUCAAUCAAACGAGCCAACUCCCUUGUUUCUUCAUCUUCAUUGAGCAGAAGGACAUCGAUGGUGAAUAUGUCUAGAAAAAACACAGUGUCAGCAUCAACACCAACAAAUUCACUUACUUCAAAUAAUAUAAAUAUGCUUAACCAAAGGUUUCCACAAUCAAGUUACUUUGAUAGUCCACAAGAAUGUGGUCACCAACAUCCUCAAAUCUCAAGACACAACAGCAACAGCACCAUUAUGCAUAUGAAUAAUAAUAAUAAUAAUAGUAUGCAAACCCAAAGUCACAACAAUUUUGGUAAUAUUGUUGAUAGCGCUGAUACUCCAGGCUCGAUGAAUUCACCAAACUCAUUUUUUGCCAAUGGAUUUAACCUGAAUGAUACGCCAAGCUCUGUCCCUGCUACACCUUUUAAUGUUCUGGUGACGCUUCCAUCUUCAAUACCCAAUACUACAACAACGUCGAUGUUGUCUGCGCAAAUGAAGCAACAGCAACAGAACCAACGUCAACAACAACAACAGCAGCAGCAGCAGCAGCAGCAGCACUACAACCAACAACAACAGUACCACAACCAAUACCAACACCAACAUCAUCAACACCCACAACGUCAAGAGUUCAACAUACCUCCAAAACAAUUGAAAGUCUUGGAACAGUAUAGAGCUAGUAAACCACCCAUAGUGCAACACCAAGGAAUUGAUGAUGAACUAAUCAUGAUGGGCGGCAAUACCAAUUGCGAUAAUAAGGAUAUGAUCCAGUCUAUACUGGAAAGCAACAACAACUCAGAUAUAGUCGAUUCAAAUAUGAGCAUGAUUGAUGAAGAGUUUUUCCGUAACUACACUAGUUUGCACAACGAUGAUGAAGAUGAUGAGGAGGCAUUCGAGAUUCCCGUUUUGGCAUCUGAAGAUAACUCUCAAUUGUCAUCACAAUUGUCAUCACAGUUGCCAUCUAAUCAAAUAUCACCACUGAAGAUUAACAUUGCUGCACCUAAACUGACACAAUUUACAACUACUAAUGAUGCAUUUGCCAUGGCGAACAACGAUGGUAGUGGCAAUAGUACUGCUAACGAUUAUAAAGAUUUAGAUUGGCUAAAGUUUGAAUUAUGA